GGGGGCAGCGGCGGCUGUAGCGGCCGCGACCUGGGCGGGCGGAGGAGUGUGACGGGCCUUAGGGCCGCUGUGGAUGGUUUCUAAAAUGAUCAUUGAAAACUUCGAAGCACUCAAGUCCUGGCUCAGCAAGACUCUCGAGCCCAUCUGUGAUGCAGAUCCAUCUGCCCUAGCAAAAUAUGUUCUGGCUUUGGUAAAGAAAGACAAAAGUGAAAAAGAGUUAAAGGCAUUAUGUAUUGAUCAGCUGGACGUAUUUCUUCAGAAAGAGACACAGAUAUUUGUGGAAAAACUUUUUGAUGCUGUGAAUACAAAGAGUUACCUACCUCCUCCAGAGCAGCCAUCAUCAGGAAGCCUGAAGGUAGAAUUUUUCCCGCACCAAGAAAAAGAUAUAAAGAAAGAAGAGAUCACUAAGGAGGAAGAGCGAGAGAAGAAGUUUUCUAGAAGGCUAAAUCACAGUCCUCCGCAGUCAAGCUCCCGAUACAGGGAAAAUAGAAGCCGUGAUGAGAGGAAAAAAGAUGAUCGUUCUCGCAAAAGAGAUUAUGAUCGAAACCCUCCUCGAAGAGAUUCAUACAGAGACCGGUACAAUAGAAGACGAGGGCGAAGUCGCAGUUACAGCAGAAGUCGAAGUCGAAGUUGGAGUAAAGAGAGGCUUCGUGAAAGAGACAGAGAUAGAAGCAGGACUAGAAGCAGAAGCAGAACACGAAGCAGGGAAAGGGAUCUGGUAAAACCUAAGUAUGACCUGGAUAGAACAGAUCCAUUAGAAAAUAAUUAUACUCCAGUCUCUUCGGUACCUAGUAUUUCAUCUGGCCACUACCCUGUACCUACUUUGAGCAGCACUAUUACAGUAAUUGCUCCUACUCAUCAUGGUAACAACACUACCGAAAGUUGGUCUGAAUUUCAUGAAGACCAGGUGGACCAUAACUCUUACGUAAGACCACCCAUGCCAAAGAAACGGUGUAGAGACUAUGAUGAAAAGGGUUUUUGUAUGAGAGGAGACAUGUGUCCUUUCGAUCAUGGAAGUGAUCCAGUGGUUGUAGAAGAUGUGAAUCUUCCUGGUAUGCUGCCUUUCCCAGCACAGCCUCCUGUGGUGGAAGGACCACCUCCUCCUGGACUCCCCCCACCUCCACCAAUUCUUACACCCCCACCUGUGAAUCUCAGGCCCCCAGUGCCACCUCCAGGUCCAUUGCCACCCAGUCUCCCACCUGUUACAGAUGAUAUUUCUUAUUCUUUGGUUUUGACAGGACCACCACCUCCACUUCCUCCUUUGCAGCCAUCUGGCAUGGAUGCUCCUCCAAACUCUGCAACCAGUUCUGUUCCUACUGUAGUAACAACUGGCAUUCAUCACCAGCCUCCUCCUGCUCCACCCUCUCUUUUUACUGCAGUUUUUGUAUUACCAGAUACAUAUGACACAGAUGGCUACAAUCCUGAAGCCCCAAGCAUAACAAACACUUCCAGACCCAUGUAUAGACACAGAGUGCAUGCACAAAGGCCCAACUUGAUAGGACUAACAUCAGGGGAUAUGGAUUUGCCACCCAGAGAAAAGCCUCCUAAUAAAAGCAGUAUGAGGAUAGUAGUGGACUCAGAAUCAAGGAAAAGAACCAUUGGUUCUGGAGAGCCUGGAGUUCCUACAAAGAAGACUUGGUUUGAUAAACCAAAUUUUAAUAGAACAAACAGCCCAGGCUUUCAGAAGAAGGUUCAAUUUGGAAAUGAAAAUACCAAACUUGAACUUAGAAAAGUUCCUCCAGAAUUAAAUAAUAUCAGCAAACUUAAUGAACAUUUUAGUCGAUUUGGAACCUUGGUUAACUUACAGGUUGCUUAUAAUGGUGAUCCUGAAGGUGCCCUUAUCCAAUUUGCAACAUACGAAGAAGCAAAGAAAGCAAUAUCAAGUACAGAGGCGGUAUUAAACAAUCGCUUUAUUAAGGUUUAUUGGCACAGAGAAGGAAGCACCCAGCAGUUACAAACUACUUCUCCAAAGGUAAUGCAGCCUUUAGUCCAGCAGCCCAUUUUGCCUGUUGUGAAGCAAUCAGUCAAAGAGCGGCUGGGUCCAGUACCUUCAAAUACUAUUGAACCUGCAGAAGCCCAGAGUGCCACUUCAGACCUUCCUCAGGUGUUGUCUACAUCUACUGGCCUAACAAAAACAGUGUAUAAUCCAGCUGCUUUGAAGGCUGCACAAAAAACCUUACUUGUUUCCACCUCUGCAGUUGAUAAUAAUGAAGCACAGAAAAAAAAACAGGAGGCAUUGAAACUUCAGCAGGAUGUAAGGAAAAGGAAACAAGAAAUUUUAGAAAAGCACAUUGAAACACAGAAGAUGUUAAUUUCAAAACUGGAGAAAAACAAAACAAUGAAGUCUGAAGAUAAAGCAGAAAUAAUGAAAACUUUAGAGGUUUUGACAAAAAAUAUUACCAAGUUGAAAGAUGAGGUCAAAGCUGCUUCUCCUGGGCGCUGUCUUCCAAAAAGUAUAAAAACCAAGACUCAGAUGCAGAAGGAAUUACUUGACACAGAACUGGAUUUAUAUAAGAAGAUGCAGGCUGGAGAAGAAGUCACUGAACUUAGGAGAAAGUAUACAGAAUUGCAGCUGGAAGCUGCCAAGCGAGGGAUUCUUUCAUCUGGUCGGGGCAGAGGAAUUCAUUCAAGAGGUCGAGGUGCAGUUCAUGGCCGAGGCAGGGGGCGAGGGCGAGGACGAGGUGUGCCUGGUCAUGCUGUGGUGGAUCACCGUCCCCGGGCAUUGGAGAUUUCUGCAUUUACAGAGAGCGAUAGAGAAGAUCUUCUUCCUCAUUUUGCGCAAUAUGGUGAAAUUGAAGAUUGUCAGAUUGAUGAUUCUUCACUUCAUGCAGUAAUUACAUUCAAGACAAGAGCAGAAGCUGAAGCAGCUGCAGUUCAUGGAGCUCGUUUCAAAGGGCAAGAUCUAAAACUGGCAUGGAAUAAACCAGUAACUAAUAUUUCAGCUGUUGAAACAGAAGAAGUUGAGCCUGAUGAAGAAGAAUUUCAGGAAGAGUCUUUGGUGGAUGACUCAUUACUUCAAGAUGAUGAUGAAGAAGAAGAGGACAAUGAAUCUCGUUCUUGGAGAAGAUGAUUUGACUGAUCAUUGAUCUACAUAAUGCUAGAACUCUACCUGUGUUUCAUUAGUAUUAUCUAAUGUACUUUUACAUAUUUGUAAAAACAAUUUUUGGUAAAAUGUGAUGAAGAUGGAUUUCACAAAUAGACAAAAAAGAAGAAAACUACCUUCUGAUCUUGUAUUUUGAAAGAUUGAUGUUUGCAUUUUAUUUCAGUAAACAAUUGCUAAAGACAUCACACUAGAAACAUAUGCAAUGUUUUUAUUACAUACUUCUACUGGACAUUACAGAAUUCUUUGGGUUCUUUGUAAUUUAAUGAAUAGGUCUGAAAACUUAUGACCAAUACUUGUUAUAACUUAGAGGAUUUUGUUUUAUUCCAAAUAAGGAAUGAAUUUGCAUUUAAAAUCUUAAUGAAUGUUUUCAAAACUGAAUAGAUAACAUAGUACUCUAACUAUAAAGUCUCCAAGUUAUGUAUUAUAUAUUACAUAGUAGUAUGCUUAGGCUUUACUAUGUAUUAGCCUUUUGUUGGACUGUGUAUGUAUUUUACCAUAUGGGUUUUAAUGAUAAUGGUGUAUGACUGCUUUACAUGAGUCCUUAUGCAUCCGGAUGUUAUAAUAAAGUGGAAUGGUCUCUUAAAAAAAAAAAGAAAAGAAAAGAAAAAAGCAAUGACAAAAAAAAAAAAAAAAAAAAAGCCAAGACAAUGUUCCUUGAUUUAAAAAAAGAAAAGAAAAGAAAAGAAAAAACAAAAGAAAAAACUUAAAAUAGACCAUUCCAGAUGGUGAUCUACCCUUCCCCCCAAUUAUCACAAAAGGAGCUAUAAUCACUAAUUUAUUCUUAAUAAUAAUGGUUACUGGUACCCUUACAAUAAUGUACAAUCCAAUGUUUAAAAAUUAUACCACUUGAGUUUGGUUUGAUCCUAUAAAUUUUCAACAAAUGUCUUAAAAAGCAGGCUGAUUAGUUUGGAACCAGACUACAAGUAGAGCUAACAUUUGGUGAAUAAGAAAACAUCACAUUACAUUUUGGAUGUAUGAAAGAAAACUUGACCAUUUGAAGAUAAAUGAAUAAAGAAAUGUACUAUAGAUACUACUUUAGGAAAACACUGUUUGUAGUCGUGAAAGGUGCCAAAUUGGCAGAGGCUCACGUUUCUUCUCUUUACACCAAACAGCAGAGAGAGAUCAUCAUUGCCUGAAUUCCCUUAGCUUUGUGACUGCAAGAGCAAGACCAGUUCCUGUCUGGAGACGACUGUUACAAUAAUAUCAUCCUGUUAUUUUAUGUUCACUCUUUAUCAAUUUGAACAGAUGUUUACAUGUACUAUAAUUAGCAUUUUAUCUUUACAGUUCUCUAAGAGUACAUCUGAGUUCAAAGUGUAUCUGAAUGUGUGCUCUGACCUUAUUCUUAAAUGUUUUCUCCCUGUACUUUAUAGCCAUUUAUUUUUUAAACACCUUAAGAAGGAAUGAAAAAGUUCUCUUGGAUGACAUAUAUUCAGUCUGAGCCAAAUUGAGGAUUGUGUCUAGGAAAUCUGUAAAGCCAUAUACUACUGUGUUCAUUAGCAUGAACAAUUUAAAAUGAAAAUGAAUUAAAAAGUUAAACAUGAGUUUGGUUUUAAUUUUGGGGGGAUCUUAAGAUGUAUUUCUGGGAGUAGGAUAGCCACUUAAAAUAAUUUUGAAUAGAUGAUAAAGUACUUUUUUAUGUACUGUAACAGCUUGUGCAUUUCUUCUGACUGUACUUUCUGAUGAUGUUGCCAAGGUCAUUUACCCAAAUAUUUUUUAAAAAAUUCUUAACUCUACAGAGCCAACAAAGAAAAUAAUUUUCUUCCAAGUGACAAAUGAUAAUCUGUGGAUUACAAGUCUUUUAAAACUUAUUGUAUGUCUUAACAUAAUUUUUUCACAUUUUUUGGACUUUUCAAUCAAGACAUCAAAGAUGACCUUUAAAGCAAGAGGAAAUAGUAUCGUGUGCCUAAAAUUGGUAAAGACUAGUUUUUACCCAUUUUAAGAAGUGUAUGUCCAAAUUAUUUAUAAGCAGUACGGCUUAAUAUGGCUUAGAAUUACUUAUAAAGAAUAUGAUUAAAUCUCAUCCUAAAUAUGUACCCACAAUAUCCUUUCUAUAAUGGGCACCAUAAGAAAUGUUUUCACUUAGUUUCUGAGUAUUCCUUCAUAGAUUCUCAGGAGGCAUUUAAAAAGUUGAAAGCUAUACUUGGUAGUAGCUAUAUUAGAAAAGUCCAAUUUACACUGAUUUUUAUUCACUCUCGUUUUUAUUUUUAUCCAGUCAUACUACCUUUAUCACUUUUUUUUUUUGGUGCAAAGCUGAAUAUUCUGCAAAUUUUUUUUCCUCUUGAGUAUGCAUUGCAUUUGUCAUGAAAAAUAAAAAGAAUGUAAUAAACACAUCAGUCAUAAUGUAAAUUAUCUGUUUUGAUCCACAUUGGACACAGCGUGGUUAAUUUUAGGCUUGGUUAAAGAAAAUACAUCAAUUAGAAAGUCUUCUAAUAUUUUAAGGACCUGGUAGCUUACAAGGCGCUUUUUUUUUUUUUUUUUUUUUUUUUAAAUUGUUAAGACUUUUGGUUCACAUUUACAAACUAGCCAUAGGGUGUUCAUAAAUAUUUUCCCAAAAUAGUUGAGUAUUUUUAAUUUUGAACAAAGAAUUUUCUGCCCUACUACAGUGGCUUACUGCUAGGGUAAAGACCAUUGUCUGAAGACACUAGGUGUUAACAGUGUUGAUUGCUUAAUGGAUAUGGACCACAUGCCACUACCUGCAGCUUUGUCAUCCUGGUGUUUUUGGUUGGUUGGGUUUGGUUUUUCAUUGUUUGCUUUUAAAAUUAAAAACAAAGCAAAACAAAAUUGAAGAUACCGUUGAGAAUCAGAAGUCAAGAUGACUCUCACGAAGAUCACUGCGCUUUUUGAAAAUUGCUGUGAGAUCUAGUCAGUUACAUAUUUAAAAUCCCCAUAUGUUGAUUAAUUAAAGAUAAGGUUUUCGUUAUUUUCCUAAGUAGGAUUCUCAUGGAGCUAUUGUAGAUAACUGUACAGAAUCACUUUUGUGUAAUUGAACGAAGCAGUUUCCUCUGCAUGAUUGCAUAAUGAAAGCCUUUUAUAUAUCUUUAUAUUUUUCAAUAUACUUAGAUUUUACACUAUUAAGCUGCUCUAGUCAUGCUGUAUUUUUUUUUAAAUAGAGUUUAUAAAUAUUUAUGCUCAAAAUACAGAUCAACUGAAUAUUUUUGGUCUUGUUUACAAGAUAAAUCAUACUUUAAAAUGAUACAGGCCCCUCAAGUGUCUUAGGAAAAAGUCAUUGGUGCUAUAAAACCUUUCAAUAUCAUUUUUGAACCCAUUGUUCAGACUCUGCUAGGUUUUAAUCUGAUUGCUUGUGAUUUAUGAUAAUGUAGCAGCAGCAUAAUUAUAAAAGUGGUCUCUGAUGUGUGGAUAAAGAGCUCAGCCCAUUAGAAACACAUCGUAAUUUAAGAAUAUGAUGCAGAAUGAUCUUCUUAUACUUACUUGUGCCCAGCUUCCCAAAAAGAAAAUUGUUAAGAGGAAGGCAGUUAAUUUGGCUAGAAUUCAAAAACUCAUUCAGCGUGACUGGUUUUCCCUUAUUUCAAAUGAAAAACUUUUGUAAUACUAAAAUACAUAAUCCUGCUUUGCUUUAAAUUCCCAUAUCCAUCACUCUAGAGGAGGCAUAGUGAUUCUUAAAUAUUCACAGAACAUUUGAUGAGUUGUAAAGAGAUGUAUUAUUGCAUUGUAGGUUUUUGCAUUGAUGUGUCGAGUUUUUUGUUUUGUCCCCAUGAUUUCCUUCCAGCACCUUAAUGAAUGUUCACAUGAUAGAAUGUUUUAAGUAUCAGCAAAGCAUUCAUGGAUGCCUGUUUUUCAUUCUCAGAAGGUUAAACCUGUUUUGGGUGUGAUGCUACUUCAGAACAUACUGUCUGGCACAAGAUUUCUUCUAAUAAGUGGUUUAUUUUAACGCAAUGUCUGUGGACUGUUGAAUUGAAAAACACCAAAGGAGUCUUCUUGUUUGGAGACUGGAUUGUUCCAGUUUUAAAUACCUGUGCCCAUAAGUAUCCCAUUUCAUGAAUGUGUGUUGGCAUGGGGAAAAAAUUUCCCUGCUCUUUGAGUGGAGCGAAAGCAAUUGGUUAAGCUGUAGCAGCUUUUUUGUUUAUUUUUUUAAAGUGAUAAUACAACUUGAACUGAAAAAAGAUAAAACUUGAACUAGAAAACUACUCUUGUAUGCUUAGAAUGUUUAUAGUAUUAAAUGUUUAUGUGGGGUUGUCAACAUUUUUAUUAUUUAUAGUUGAAUUAUGUUUUGUUAAAUCCAUAUUUAUUAUUUUUAUAUUUUGAAAAUUUUUAAAAUAAAAGUCUUACUAAAAACA